UUUCAUUCUAAAUUUUAUAUUUGUAUAUACAAGCUUUCUAAUGCCACUAAACUAGUCUAUUUAGUUUUAUUCUUUCGUCAGUGUAAAGCAACAAAUUUUAAUUACGUUAAACUAAAAUGCUUUUAGGACAAAGAUCUUUAUUUCCCAAACACAAGUUGGUUGUGUUUUCCUAGAUAUUUAAUUUUAAAGAAGCUGAUAAAAGCAUCCGCCGUCAAUAAUCUUUAACGACGUUACUUAUAACACACUCUCCACUCACCACUCUCUUUCAUACCUUUUUUCUAAGCUUUCACCAUUGCUUUCAGUCUUUCACCUUUAGCUCCUUCUCCAUUUGCUCCUUCCAUGAUGGAAUCCCUCACAUUGCUACUUGCAUGCAUUUUUCUAAGCCCUGUUAUUGUGGCUUCUCUUGGCAUCAACUACGGUCAAAUCGCCGACAAUCUUCCCUCACCGGAAAAUGUGGUACCUUUAGUCAAAUCCAUCGGAGCUACCAGAAUCAAGCUCUACGAUGCUGACCCGAAAGUCCUCAAAGCCUUUGCUAACACUGGGGUUGAGUUCAUUGUCAGUCUUGGUAAUGAAUACCUUGCCAAGAUGAAAGAUCCUUCCAAUGCUCAAUCUUGGGUUAAAAAGAAUGUCCAAGCUUACUUACCUGCUACUAAAAUCACCUGCAUAGCAGUUGGUAAUGAAAUUUUAACCUUUAAUGAUAGCACCCUGACCGACAAUCUUCUUCCUGCUAUGCAAAGUGUUCACACUGCUCUUGUGAAUCUCAAAUUAGACAAGCAAGUUACUGUUACUACUGCACAUUCUCUUGCUAUUCUUGAAACUUCGUAUCCACCUUCAGCUGGAGCUUUCCGUAAGGAUCUUGUGGACUGUGUUACACAGAUCGUGGAUUUCCAUUGCAAAACUGGGUCACCUUUUUUGAUUAAUGCUUAUCCUUAUUUUGCUUACAAGGGAAAUCCAAAGCAGGUGUCUCUUGAUUUCGUGCUAUUUCAGCCUAAUUCAGGUAUCGUUGAUCCGGAGUCGAAUCUCCACUAUGACAACAUGCUUUUCGCUCAGAUCGAUGCUGUUCACUCUGCUUUAGCUUCAGUCGGUUACAAAAACGUGUGCGUACAGAUCUCAGAGACGGGGUGGCCGUCAAAGGGAGAUGAGGACGAGGCGGGAGCUACAGCGGAGAAUGCUAGGAAAUACAACUGUAAUCUCAUCAAGCUUAUUAGUCAGAAGAAGGGAACACCUAUGAAGCCUAACAACGAUUUGAACAUAUUCGUGUUUGCCUUGUUUAAUGAGAAUCAGAAGCCUGGUCCUGGCUCCGAGCGAAACUAUGGCCUCUUCAAACCUGAUGGCUCUCAGGCAUACCCCUUAGGAGUUCCCGCAGUCACCCUCGGUACUAAUAAUACCAGCUCUCCUACUUCUGGAUCUGCCACCGCUACUACCCCAUCAGCCUCAUUGCCCCCAGCAAGCUCCUCCUCCGGCUAUCUAGCCAUUACUUCUCAUUCCGGGAGAAGUCAUGCUCACUGCAAGUGCUCGCUUCUCUACCUUGUGGCUUUUAUUUCACUGCUACUCCAUCUUCAAUGUUGAGCUUUGGACUAUGGAUAUUUCGACGAAAGGUGUACUCUAGUUUCUCCCCAGCCCGCAUGGAGAAUCACUCGCUAUCAAUGACCAAGUGCAAGUGUGCAACUUUGUAAUAGCUAUCAAUCAUAGCCUUAGACGCAGUAGUGUUUGCAUUCUUUGAUUAUUUUUGAUGAUAUUGAUCAGAUAGUAGCCGCCAGUUUGGUCAUGGCAUUAGAUUUAUAAGAUGAUAGCUGGGACUUUGUUGCCAUCCUAUACGCUGUCAAAUUUUAUGGAAGUGAUUUGUUCUAGUUUAA